UUUUUUGAUGUGUCAUUAGAAAAGUUUAUGAUCCAACAUGGCAGAUAUACCUAAAGAAGCUCCUGAACAUUGUCCCGGAACUCAGAGUGAAAGUGCCGGCAAAGCUUCAGCGUGUGCGGGCUGUCCGAAUCAGUCGCUAUGUUCAUCCGGAGCAACUAGACAACCAGAUCCUGGCAUAGCGCUUGUAAAAGAAAGACUUUCCUCGGUACAGAACAAGCUUCUGGUGCUUUCGGGCAAGGGAGGAGUGGGCAAGAGUACAGUGACAUCAUUGAUAUCUAGGUACCUGGCAGCGAGUAAUCUCGACAAAAAUGUUGGAAUAUUGGACAUUGACAUUUGCGGACCAUCGCAGCCAAGAGUGCUGGGAGCGCUUGGCGAACAAAUACAUCAGAGUGGAUCUGGUUGGUCACCUGUAUACAUCGAGGAUAACUUGUCGCUGAUGUCGAUUGGAUUUCUACUUGGUAGUCCAAGCGAUGCGGUCAUAUGGAGGGGACCGAAGAAGAAUGGUAUGAUCAGACAAUUCUUGUCGGAAGUCGAUUGGGGUAGUUUAGAUUAUCUUAUAUUGGAUACACCACCCGGCACGUCCGAUGAGCAUUUGUCGGCCACAUCGUACCUUAAGGGAACCGGCAUUACGGGUGCCAUAAUUGUGACAACACCGCCGCAAGUUGCCCUUUUAGACGUAAGGAAGGAAAUAGAUUUCUGCAGGAAAGUGAACAUUCCAAUCCUGGGGGUGGUUGAAAAUAUGAGCGUCUUCGUGUGUCCCAAAUGCAAGAACACUGCGGAAAUAUUCCCAGCUUCGACAGGUGGCGCAGAGACGAUGUCGAAGGAGCUGAACGUGGAGUUUUUGGGCUCGAUUCCUUUGGACCCGUUGCUGGCCAGAUGUUGCGACGAGGGUAAAAACUUUCUCACGGAGAUGCCAAAUUCACCGACUGUUAGUGCUUUAAAUGAUAUUUGCAAUCGUAUUAUUCAAAAGUGUGAAGAGGAGAAGGAGAACUGCCCAAAUAAUUUCGCAUAAAAUACGUAAACAUAUUUUCUGUGUAAAACUCCACAUAUAGUGCCCUUAUUGUUAUUAUUAUUACUAAAGCCUACUUCAAUUUUUAGAAUGUACAAAACUGAUUUAUGUUAAUUUGCAGCAUAUAUACAAAAUAUAAAUCAUCGGAUAUGAUACAGUUAUAUCCUUAUCAUA